GAAAGAUGUCAGGCCAAGGUGAACAGGAAGAGCCUGCUGAAUUGACUGAAGGAUCAAGCCAAGCUAUCAUCACAAACUCUUCUUCAAUCAAGCGGUCAGUCUAUUAACCAAGCAUAUAAUAUUUUAAGGCAUAUCAACAGAUGACUGACAAAGAGGAGGUGAAGGGUGCCGGGGAUAACCCAGAGAUGGUUCUCUCAGGGAGGAAGUCAGGGAAAGCCUCGCUGCUGGACAGUGGGGAAGACUUUGAGAUGCUGGAUGAUGACAUUGAUGACAACCCUCCUCCUUUGGAAGAUGCUGGGGGUGGGAAGAAGACUAAAACAGAGGUGCCUGCAGCGGACCAAGACACUGGCACUUCAGCUCCACUAGACGAAUGGAUGGAUAUACUAGGUAAUGGCCAGCUAAAGAAGAAAGUCCUGCAGGCAGGGAAUGGGCCAGACAGCAGGCCCACAAAAGGCCAGAAUGUCGUGAUUCACCUGAAGACUUCACUGGCUGAUGGGACUCUUAUAGAAGAGCAACCUGAGCUCUCUUUCACUUUGGGAGAUGGUGAUGUCAUCCAGGCUCUGGAUCUCACAGUGCAGCUCAUGGAAAUGAGGGAGAAGGCCCUUGUCCAAGCCAAUGCUAAAUAUGCAUAUGGUUCCUUGGGGAGUCUUGUCCCUGAGGUGCCUCCCAAUGCGGAGUUGGCCCUGGAGGUCCAGCUGCUUGAUGCCACUGAGGCCCCCGACCUUGAGCUCCUGUCCCCCCAGGAGAGGAUCGCCCUGGCUGGGCAGAAGAGGGAGAGGGGAAAUGUCUACUACCAGAGAGCGGACUAUGCCUUCGCAGUUAACUCUUAUGGCAUCGCCCUGCAGAUCACGGAGUCCAGCUCUAAAGUGGACAUUAGCCCGGAGGAAGAGGAGGAGCUGAUGGACGUGAAGGUGAAGUGUCUAAACAACAUGGCAGCUGCCCAGCUCAAGUUGGAUCACUAUGAAGCAGCACUACGGUCCUGCGUUUCGGUACUGGCCCACCAGCCAGACAACAUAAAAGCCCUAUUCCGCAAAGGCAAGGUAUUGGCCUUGCAAGGGGAAUAUGCUGAAGCUAUAAAGAUUUUGAAGAGGGCCCUGAAGUUGGAACCAAGUAACAAGACCAUCCACGCAGAACUCUCCAAGCUGGUGAAGAAGCACUCGGAGCAGAAAGGCGCAGAGCAGGCCAUGUACAAGAAGAUGCUAGGCAACCCAGCCAGCGGCAGCAGCGGCAUGCAGAAACACCAGGCCAAGUCGUCAUGGGUUGUCAGCUGGAAAUGGCUCUUCGGUGCCACUGCAGUUGCCAUUGGAGGUGUCGCCUUGUCAGUUGUCAUAGCUGCCAGAAAUUAGAUGAGACCAAUACUAUUCUGGUGAUUGCCUGCUCCGUGCAAAAUGGGACCCACAUAAAGCAACUGGACAUCUGGCAGUGCCUUUUGGAACUAAAAAAAACGAACAAAAAAAGGGGGAGAAAUGGGUUUUGUGUCACCUCUUUAGUGUGGCUGUCCAUAGGUUUCUCACACUAUUCUGUCACUCCUUGGGAGAAGGAUAAUUUUAUGUGACAAAUACUAUACAAUCAAUAUUUGUAUAUGAAAUGUUCUAAAUACUUUUCAAAUGUAUGUACGUCCAUUUGACAGACACUAAUUGCUGCCAAUGUCUUGCGCUCCUCUAGUAGUGAUUCUAAAUAUGGAUUGAUUGAGCACUCUGAAAUUAUAAUUCUAGGAAUGAUCUGUCAAUUAUUUAAAAUUAGCUAAUGUGAUGUGGUCUUUUUUUUUUUAUAUAUAUGUUUUUUUUUAGCAUAAGAUUGUACAAUUGUGUAAAAAAAAAAAAAAAAUUUGUUAAAAGUUAUUCUGCUCUUGUUUGUUUAUUGGGUUGGUGCCAAUGGUGGGGGAGUAUGGGAUUAAUCUAGAUGGUGUAUUAACUGGCCCUGUGAUCCACACUCAGACAGUCUUGGUCAAUGAAAACUGUCACAUUCCUUUUAAAACCCAUGCUUUAAUAUAUAAAUAGUUAUUUAUUAAGUAAAUGGAGUGUUUGUCACUUUUGAUGAUUCUGAAACCAAACUUUGAAGGGUGUACAUUCUAAUACCAAUUUUAGGUUUGGUCACUUUGCUUGUUUUUGACAACCGUUAAAUGUGAAUAGUGUUUCUAUUUUGAGGCUUAUUUUUCUAUCAUUUUGUUGUCACAUGAGAAAUCUAUUGUUUUAUUUCCUACAAUAGACCAUAUGUAAAAAGACAGAGUUAAAUGUUGCAGAUAUUUGUUGCUUUUGUGUUUCUCACAUUCUCUCAUUUGUUGCUUUUGUAUUUAUUUCAAUAAAAGUUUGUCAGCUUUGUUA